CAUAUGAAGUUGGCACAAAAUGGAUGCUGCUUGCAAAUACAUCAAUUUUAACUAAAUAUUCAUUUACAAAAUGGGAAAUCAAUUAGUCGGUAUUGCGCCUAGUCAAAUAUUUCCAGUAGAACAUUAUUUGACAGAUCAUAGUGACUUAUUAUUCGAUGUAAACUUAGGAAGUACUAGAUUUUUUAAAGUGGCCCGAGCCAGAAGCCAAGAGGGUCUUAUAGUUGUUAAGGUAUUUGCUAUUCAUGAUCCAACGCUUCCACUAUCUGCUUAUAAAGACAAGCUCGAAGAAAUUAGAUCUAAAUUAGCAUCUGCUGUAAAUUGCCUACCAUUUCAAAGAAUGAUUCUUACAGAAAAAUCAGGGUCUAUAAUGAGAGAAUACGUAAAGUAUUCUUUGUAUGACAGAAUUAGUACUAGGCCAUUUUUGACAAGUAUAGAGAAGAAAUGGAUUACGUUUCAAGUUUUAUAUGCUUUGCAUCAAGCUCAUAAGUUUGGAGUCUGCCAUGGUGACAUCAAAUUAGAAAACAUUAUGAUAACCAGUUGGAAUUGGAUUUUACUUACUGACUUUGCAAGUUUUAAGCCAACUUAUUUGCCCGAAGAUAAUCCUGCUGAUUUUUCAUACUUUUUUGACACUUCUAGAAGAAGAACAUGUUACAUAGCUCCUGAAAGAUUUGUGAAAACAUUAUCUUCAGAAUUAAGCAAUACGUUAUUAUUAUCAGAGCAAGAGCUAAAGACAGGUGAUUUGCAUCCAAUGAUGGAUAUUUUUUCAGCAGGCUGUGCUUUAACAGAAUUAUAUAACGAAGGACAUCCACCAUUUGAUUUUUCUCAACUAUUAGCAUAUAGAAACAAUGAAUAUUCGGUAAGCAAGCAUUUGGAUACAAUAGAAGAUCCUGGAAUACGUGAAUUGCUUGCAUCUAUGCUAGAAAGGAAUCCAGCAAAUAGGAAAAGUGCUGAAAUUUACUUAGCUCAAGCUCGUGGAACAGUAUUUCCAGAAUAUUUUUAUUCAUUUCUACAAUCGUACAUGCUUAUUUUUUCUGCUGCUCCAAUUUUAUCACCCGAUGAAAAAAUAAAUAGACUUAAAAAAGAUAUUGGUAAUAUAAUUAACAUUUUGAAAGAAGAAGAUGAGAAAAUGAAAAGUGAUACGAAAACCAUAGAAGUAUCAAAAAGUCAAUGUGAAAAUAAUGUAGAGUCUAUUAAAGACGAUUCUGGUCAUAGCGAAGAGAAUACCAUUGUCGAAGGCGACAGUGAUCAGAGUUUCGAUAAAAGCGAUCUAAAUCAAAUCGAUUUAAAAACAGUUCCACCACAGGAUACCAAAUCUGAUAGUCAAACGAAUAAUCAAUUAAAAAAGAAAGUUGGAAUAGAAGGUGAAAAACAAAAUUUAUCUCCAGAGCCACUUGAAGGACUAGUUAUUAUAACUCAGCUUGUUACUUCAUGUAUACGAGGUUUACAUCACUCUCAAUCUAAACUGCAAAGUUUAGAAAUAUUACUUGAACUCGCUGAGAACACAUCAGAUGAAACGAUAUUAGAUCGAAUUUUGCCUUAUAUUUUUCAUUUAGUCCAUGAUCCUGCUCCACGAGUACGGGUGUCAGCCAUACACACGUUGACGAAGUGCUUACACCUUGUAAAAUCAAUUCCACCUUCAGAUGUGAACAUCUUUCCAGAGUAUAUUCUACCUGGUUUAGCACAUAUCACGCAAGAUGAAGCAGUGAUUGUUAGGGCUGCUUAUGCGGAAAAUAUUGCGCAUCUGGCACAUAUUGCAUUACGUUACUUGGAAAAUGCUCAUUUAUCUAAUUUAGGUAAUAAAGAAGGUCCAAAACCAAGUUACGAUAGUGAACUACAAACUCUGCACGAAAUGGUGCAACAAUCCGUGUCAAUGUUAUUAACAGAUCCUCAAAAUUUGGUAAAACAAACGUUAAUGGAAAGUGGAAUAAAUAAAUUAUGUGUAUUUUUCGGGAAACAAAAAGCUAACGAUAUUCUACUCAGUCACGUCAUUACUUUUUUAAACGAUAAAGAAGACAAAGAAUUAAGGGGCUCUUUUUUUGAGUGCAUUGUUGGUGUAGCAGCCUAUGUUGGUUGGCAUAGUAGUCCCAUACUUAUGCCUCUUCUUCAGCAAGGAUUAGCAGAUCCUGAGGAAUUUGUAACAACAAAGGCUAUUAAUGCAAUGGCAACUCUUACAGAAUUAGGACUUUUACACAAAUCUGCGCUUUAUCAACUUUUAUAUGAAACUAUGGUUUUUCUAGUGCAUCCAAACUUGUGGAUAAGACAUGCAACUGUUGGUUUUAUAUCUGCGGCAGCAAGAACACUUAAUUUGGUAGAUGUCCAAUGCAAAGUUCAAUCAAUGAUUCAACCGUACUUAAAACAUUCACUGAUCCAAAUAGAGAAGGAAAUUUUGUUGUUGGAAGCUUUGGUAUCUCCUAUACCAAGAAUCGUUUAUGAUUCCGUCGUCAAACAUAAUGAUAUAGAAGAAUUGUUUCAAAUUCUUGAACAGAGACAAACAGCGCGAGCUAAAGCAGCGACAGGAAUUGUACCGCAAUACAGUGAAAUGAGUACUUCUUUACGAAAUUUAUUUAGACGUUUAAGUUCAGAAUCAAUGACUGAAACCGUCGAAGACCAUUUACUAGUAAUGAAACCACACUUAAUGAAAAUUAAUAAAUAUCGUAAUUCGGUGGACGCGAAACAAAAUACGGCCAAAUCAGUAGAUGGAAAGUUAGAAUUAAGUUCUAUGAAAGAUAGAAUACGACAUCACAUAGUAAUAUUGUAUCCUGAUACAAAAGCUGAUCUAGGUCUUCCGCCAUUUAAGCGAUUAGAUCGCAGAACAUCGGAUAGUGUUGGUACAUAUGCAACAAUGAACCAAGAGUGGCGUACUAUGUUUGCAGCUCAAGAUAAUGUUCAACAUACCGUUAAAAUGUCAGAUAUGACUGGAAGUAGUGGAAGUCCCAGCCAAAGUUUACAUGGAGGAGAUAUACAUUUAUCGCCACAACAUAGUUUAUCUGACAUGAACAGUAUAAAUGAUCAUUCUCUUCCUGAACGUUCAUAUAUUCAAUACAGGUGUGCACCUUGCAGACUGGAAGUAAGACAGCUAACGUAUAGGAAGCAAGAGCAACACGCUGCUGCGUUAAGAGCACAGCAUUGGGCUGACAACAUUGCAUGGCAAGCUGGUUCGAGACUGUUACCAAGCGGUUGGAGUCCUAGAGGAGUACCGGUCGCACAUCUUCAUGAGCACAGAGCUGCUGUAAAUAGGCUAGUUUCUAUACCAGAUACUAGUUUAUUUGCUAGCAGCUCUGCAGAUGGAUGUAUCAAAAUAUGGGACGCUAGUAAAAUGGAAGGACGGAAUAUUGCUAAUCGUUCUAGACAAACCUAUAUGCAUAGAGGAGGCCCUUUAGUUGGCUUAGCUGUGUGUGAUCAGGGACAAUCAUUAGCAAGUUCUGCUAGUCAAUCAGGCACAGUAUUUGUUCUACGAAUUGAAUCAAGUUCUAGUAAAAUGAGUGUUAUUGGUACCAGACAAUUAGACCUUCAGGAAGAAGGAUGUGCUGUGGACCUGCAGUACUUAGACUCUGGUUCACAAUCGGUUCUCGUGUAUGCUUCAUUAUACGGAUCGUUAGUGGGCUGGGAUUUGAGAUGUCCUGGUACAACGUGGCGUUUAGAAAACGAUCUAAAACAUGGAGUCAUUACUUCAUUCUGCGUGAACAAUUAUCAGCAAUGGCUGACUCUUGGUACCAGUUCAGGAGUACAUACAUGCUGGGACUUAAGAUUUCAGUUGCCAAUAACCAGUAUUAAACAUCCUACGGGUGCCAGAGUCAGAAAGGUGAUAACACACCCAACAGAACAUUCAUGGAUAAUUUCGGCUGUGCAAGGUAACAAUGAAAUUUCAAUGUGGAAUCUUGAAACUGAUUUCCGACAAAUGGUUCUUUGGGCGUCGAGUGCACCUCCACUUAGUCAUUCGCAAGGUGGCCACAGCGUAUGCGCCAUAUAUUCGGGGUGCAUCGAUCGCUCAGGCUUCCUGUUGGCUGGUGGUACCGAUAUGAGAUUACGUUUUUGGGAUUUAAAUACACCUAAUGAAUCCUACGUCGCACUGCCUGCCGCUAAUGACGUUACUCCUCCAAGUUCAUUAGCAUACGAGCAACGUUUGAUAGAUGGAACAAACGUGGUACAAGAGGUUCUAGCUGGAGGUGGUCCCGUUUCAUCGUCCGGAAGUAGCAGCGUUAGAACAAGAAAUUCUGAAGAGGGCGGUCAGGGACCGGAAACUCCGCCGUCUGGACAUCACGACACGAUAUCCGCCGUAGCUAUGUCGAACACAUGUAUCCUUACUGGCAGUACGGACGGAUUGAUACAAGUUUGGAAAUGAUUGUUCUCUUUUCUUAUCGUGUGAUGUUCCAAAGUUACGCACGGUGUACAAAUUUUUCUAACGCGUCACAGAUUUAUUCUGGCGGAGAAAGAAUUUUGAUCGGACAUCGAGAUUUUUUUAUGAAUGAACCUCACGUGCUACAGUAAUUCUGUGAUUUUUAUUUGUAUAUAACGUGUAAUAUAUAUACAUAGGUAGAUACGAUAUUUAAAAUCAUCGAUAGUCAUGAUACCGAUGACGCAUUGCAUUUCUUGAACGGAACUUAAAACCUAAGUUACUUUAAUACAGCGAUUUUUGUGUAAUAUAAAUGAUUUAUUUUUCUACCUAAGAAAAGAAAAGAAAAAGAAGAAAAAGAAACGAAGAAAGAGCUUGCUGACUGUAAUAUAUUUAAAAAAAAUUAACGACAAUUUUAAAUAGAGUAAAUAGCAACGAGUAAUUGUGCGAACAUAAUACAAUCACUGUACAAAACAAUGUAUCAUCAACAAAUUUAAUCCUUGAUACAUCAUUUAUAUCGACAGAUAUACUUUUAUGUCAUUAGUGUAAUAGUAAAACUUGUAUACCGACUGAAAUACUCAUAACCAGCGGAUAUCUUCGUAUUCCCUGAUAUUGUUACAAUAAAUUCAUAUUUUUAACGCAA